GAACCUUUGAAGCUGCUGAAGCGUGACUGGAGGGUUGUGGGCCCCUACAAGUGGGGCUCCGAGGAGCCCAUGCCCGUCUUGGAAGGGCGGGCAAUCUUGUGCGCCUUGCGGCGCGCCCUGAGGAACGUUCGCAACUUUGGGCGGUGGAUCGCCGUCUUGGGGGGCGCUCCGGCGGCCGCCUCUGCGGUGUCGAAGGGGCCCUCGGACUCGAGGGCG